UGUCUGCUCGUGAUGCUAGCUCUGUACCUGCUUCCUCUGGUCAGCAUGACGUAGAGCCAUUACCUCAAGAGGAUUAUCAAGAACUGACUCCUCACGAGGAAGAGGACAUUGAAUCAUUGUUAGGACGUGAUAAUGCCAUCCAAGAUGCCACUUCACUAAUGGAGAACCUUACAGAGGAACUAGCUCAACUGGACCAGGGCAACAUCCACUCUCUGAUGGACUCGGAGAGUCAGAUACAAGAGCUCAUGGAGAGACUAGAUCAAGGCGUGGUGGAGAUUGAUAGAAUGGAUAUGAAGAUGAAUGUGUAUGAUCAGUUGUUGGGCACAGUACGCGAUGCCAUGGGCAAACUAGGAGGCCAAUAUUCUCAUAUCCUCUGUCAGAACAGUAACCUCAAGUCAUUGUUUGCUGAAGUGGAGGGUCUUGUGACCCAACUAGACCUUGACCCCCGAGUGGAGGAAGUGUUACUACAUGAGUCACUAAGCAGUCCUAGUGAGAUCAGAGAUUGUGAACUAGCUGCUGCUAGUCUACAGAGCUCUCUACAACAAGAGCUGCCAUCAGGAGUCGAUGUACUACAAGCUGUCACUGAACAAACUGAAGCAUUCCACAAUCUCUCUGCUGCCUUUGGAAGACGUCUAUACACUCACUUGUCUGGCCUCUUCACUCUGAACGCGGCCAUGAUGUUGGACAAUGCUCAUGUUAGGCACACUGUUGGACCAAGCAUCACCAGUCAUAGUCAAGUGCACUCUGACCUUCUAGGCUACUCUAAACUCAUGUGCUGGCUCAAAGAAUGUGAGCCAGUGAGGUUCAGUGAAGUGUUGGAGGCGUACCUACGCAGCUUUCGCCCUGUAUAUGAGGAGGAGAUAAGAGCAGUGUUUGCUGAGAGCAAGACAAUGCUUGGUCGUGUGUCAGAGGGCAAGAAGGGAUUGUUGGGAAGGACAGGCUCUAAUAUGGACAUGCUGCGACCUAUCUCUGGCUCUAUGAUGAUGCUCUCUCACGCACGUGACAAAGGUGGUAUUAAUCAAUCGUUUGCUGACUUUGGUGCCACUGCUGGCCUCAGCCCAGACCACCCAAACAAGCCAAGGUUUGACCAGGUGUUUGACACAGUCCUGGAACAGCUUCAACCUGUGUGUGUGUCUGAGCAGAAGUUCCUCACUUCAUUCUUCCACUUUGCUAAGCGAACUGCUUCUUUUGUUGAGGAUGAUGAUAUUAAUGAAGUGGAUGGUUUGGAUGGUCCACUGAGAGAUGAUAGUGACCUGGGGCUAGAUGGAGUGCAAGGUGUACUGGGGCAGUUACUGGCGAUACUACUGCCAGAGAUUGAGGCCUUUAUAGCUCAUGGAGAGAGAAUGGACAGCUACAACGCACUGCACUUGUUGGUGAAUGUGAGUCAGAGACUAAUGUUUGCCCUGGAGUCUGGAGGAAGAGUCAUGUCCUACCUUGAUGAAACUCUCAAGAAAGCUUUGCUAUACAUCAAACGCCUCUUUGACAAGCUCAUUGUGAACAAGCGUCGUCAAAUAGAGGAUAUGAAGGUACCUCGUGGAGCUAAGGCUGGUGUGCUACCUUGUGUGCUCUGGUUCAAGGACUUUGCAGAGAGGGCAGAGAGCAUUGUGAUGGGCACUGAUCGCAGGGCUGAUCUGGACAAGGCUUAUCAGACACUCACGGACGCACUGUUUAAGACCAUCGACAGAGUGGCCACUGAACAUCAGAAAACUCCUAAUGAUGUCAUCAAAUUUGAGAACUACCACACACUAGUGGAUAUACUUUCUAGACUCAAGAUCAAUUGUUUGGAGGUCAAGAGAGACACAGCCAAAAAACGCUAUCGUUCUCAUAAGAAGAUCUAUGUCAAGAACUGUCUUGGGAGACCUCUAGACAAGCUGAGCGCAUUCUUUGAAGGUGUGGAGAGCUUACGUGCUGCAGGAACCAAGGCAGAGGAAGUGGGCUAUCGCCUUGACUACUCACGUAGUGAACUCAGAAAGUGCAUCAAAGAGUACCCAGGAAAAGAGGUUAAGCGUGGGCUAGAGAAGCUGUAUCGUCGUGUUGAGAAGGAGGUAUCGGACUCUGACCUCCAGGUUGUGUGGGGGGCCAUGCAAGAAGCUUUCAUUGAACAAGCACAGAGAUUUGAAGCUCUGAUUGCAGAAUGCUACCCUGGAGCCAACAUAUCAUUAGACUUCACUCUGGACAACCUAGCGGAGUACUUUGCCAGCAUCUCUGCUCAGA